UCACCUCGAAGGAACGGAAAAUCCUUCGGGACUCAUGUGUGUCAAGGCCAGCCGGGAGAGAUAUCCAUCCUUUUUGAAUCGCGCCAAUGGCUGCGAGAGAUUGCAUUUCAGUAAAAUCUAUAUCGAAACAACUCCUGUCAAUUAAAAUCUUCAUUUUUAUCCGCGGUGAUGUCACUCAUAAAUAAAGUUCCAUCAGUGUUCUCCAAAUGACGAAAAGUCAGGAGAGUAUCUGAAUAAAGUGCCUAGCAACAGAAGAUAUCUUCUCAAAGUCUGCGUUGUCCACGCUUUUUGUAUGCUGCUUUUUUUCAAAUAAAAGUUGAUGUUUUGAAAUACCGAAAGUAGCGUACAGUACGAUUGGCGAAGAAAAUAUUGAUCGUGUAGCCUACAAUUUGCUUUGUCGAGAGCGAGGAUGGUAAUGUAAUUUUCCAUUCGAGUGGUCCAGAUUCCGACGAGGCGGAACUAGCUGAUCCAGGAAGAUGAAGGGAUGGUUCGAUGCCUUUCGCAACGACGGCGGUCCGACGCUCUACAGUUACAGCAACCGCACUCCUGUCACCGGUGACGUUCCCUUGGUUAUCGUAUUCGUGAUAUUCGGCACCCUGUUCACGGCAUUUCUAGUCAUAUUCCCGGGCGUCAGGAAAGAGCGGUUAACCACAUUUCUCACGGUUACCCUGAGCCUCUUCGUGGGUGCGACGAUUCAAGUGGCGCAAUACGGCUCAUCCUGGCAUACGAGCUCCGCUACCAUUGUCAGCUCAUACAGCGCUUUCUCCAAGCAUAAGGCAACGGCCGACAUAGGCGGUUACAUCGGUUUAAUGCACAUCAAUAUAACAUACAGGCUAUUGCCAAGUAACGAGCAGACGAGCGGUGACGUCGAGUACAAUGAACGAUUUUGGUGGCGGAGUUCUGGCGAAAUGACCAGCGCCUUCAAGCAGGCCCUUCACCAGGGUGCGCCGUUCCCCAUUGUUUCCUUGGCGGAAUAUUUCAGCCUCCAUCAAGAGGGAUUUUCUUGGGGUUCACGAUAUCGCGAAGCUGGAUAUUAUGCUUCGAUAAUGUUAUGGACCUCCUUUGCCUCGUGGUUAAUGAUGAAUUUGUUACUUAUGGUGGUACCACGAUAUGGAGCAUACGGCAUGAUUUUCACGGGUUUAUGCAUGCUGUUAACAAACCUGAUCUACACGACACUCUUACCAUGUGAACCUCUGAUAGCUCACAUCGAGGGCUCGAUCCUUUCUUUCAAUCUCGGCUGGAAUUAUUGGUUGGUGUUAUCAGCUGGUGCCGCGUGCCUCUUCGCGGGACUCGUAAUAACAGCUAUAGACAUGAUCUUCCCUCAUCAAUUCUCGACCAUACUCGAGGUCGACUACGACACGCCGUAUGACAGGCACGUCAUUAUAGAGGAGAGUUUCGAUACGCGUAACGUUAGGCGGAAAGUCCCCAAGAUUGAAGAUUCGUUCGGUGAUCGAAUAAUGAGUCAACUGUCAUCUAAACUUCAAAAUAGACAUGCCGUUAAAGAGGACAUCGAAGGUGUCAUUAAUCGGGGCUAUACGUCGCACGAGUUGUCCGAAUUCCCGCAAGAAAUUGGUGAUGAGUCCAGCAAGAGUAAUUGGUCGUAUCCAUUCCCGCCAACCUCGCGUAGAACCAUUAAUGCCUAAUAUAUUUUUCAAAUGCUACGGACAAUUACGAUACUCAUCGACUUUCUUAAACGCUAUUAUAUAUAUAAAAAUACUUAGAUUCGUAUUUUAUUUUAUGAUUAUUUAAUAUUAUUUAAUAAAAAAAAAGAGAAUCGAAGACGUCUUUGACUUGAAUCAUAUGCGGAAAUUCCAUUUUGAGAGCGUUUACACUAUAAUUACGAAUGUAAAAAAAAUUUCAUAAUAAAGUCAAAAUAAAUAUAUGUA